AGCGUUAGCUGAAGAUAGUUUUAUAGGGAGCCAGCGAGGGGAGCUAGCCCGCACCGGCCGGAGUGACCACGGCGACACAGAUUUGGUGAGCUGCGCGCGUCCUUCCCUGUAUACACGUUCAUUCCAGCGUCAGAUCGGCGAGUUGCCCUGCUUCUGCUCGCCGCCCCCGCCCAGGCCUCAGACCGGUCCGUCAUGCCUCUCGCUGCGAACCGUGCCAUGGCAUUCGCCCUGGUUGCGUUCGGCGUCAUGCUCCUCGCCGGUUUCCUUUACGCCGCCGUCCUGUCCAAGGCGCUUCCACCGCCGGACAACUGGUUCCUGCUUGCCGUACGAAACGACAGGUAUUACUGCUUGCUUGUGCCCCUGACGGUCCCCGUGAUAAUCGUGGCCGUGUACCUGCACUGGAUGAGCAUGAAGAUGUUCAAGCAUGCGUGAGGACUAAUCAAGCGCAAGGGAAUCACCGUAGACAUCAGGAGUUCAUGACUCUGAAGGGCUGCAAUAUGUUUUUUUCAGAGACAGUGACGUUUUUUCCCUUCUUCCUCGAGAGAAACUAGGCUACAUGCCUACAUCUUACUAUCACCGAGGUGUAAAUGUGUGCUCGCUUUGCUGCCAUCAUUUGGUAACAUUGACUAGCAAUUCCUCUAAUGUGGCCAACGUUUGGUAACAUUGCCAACCAAUUGGGGGGUGGCAAAGGGUUUGGCAUAGCCAAAACUUUGACACUGGCAACUGGGCUCGAAACCAAGCAGAUUCCAAGUACCGUCCCAUUAUUGAUUUCUUGUUAAAAAAAUGAGUUAUGCUUUUUAA